AUGUCUUCUUUAGCAAAGCAACUUCAGCAACUUCAAAUUCCUAGCAAUUUAGUCGCUCCUUCGACGAAGAAACAAACUUUAAAGGCUUCUUUAUUGUUUGAUGGAAAAGAAGCGAGCAAUAUCGACAAUGAAACCAUAUUUUCUUUGGCUAUAAAUGGGCUGCAAGAGCUCAUUCUUAUCGAGCCUGGAUUUGCAUCAUUCAACGAGUCGAUUUUCAGUGAUGUAUCAAAGAAGUUAGAGCGAUCGGUGGAGACGAAAGAGUUUAAUGAUCGGCUAGAUAAACAGAUAGCACAAUUUUUGAGAUAUUUGUCUCCAUAUUUUCUUCUCAAACCGGCCCACAAGACUCUGGAAUGGUUGAUACGUCGAUUCAGGAUUCAUAUCAUKAAUCAAGACGCUCUYGUSUACUGUGCUCUUCCCUACCACGAGACGAACUUGUUCGCUAGAGUUGUACAACUCUURGAGAUAAAAAAUCCCGCUUCCAAGUGGCACUGGCUUGGACCUCUGCAAAACACAGGCAGCCCAUUAUCAAAGUCAACACUCAUCCAAAAAUGUGCCACUGACUUGAAUUUUUUGCAUGAAAUUUGUGAAAUGGUCCCUAGUUCUUUAGAAAUGGAAUGUCCUGUGUCUUCAUUGAGAGUUGUUUUUACUUUCUAUGCCUCUACUGUAGUAGGAGCAUUGGAAAACAUUCAGCGUGUUGGCGAGGAGGUCAUCGGGAAACUCUUGCCUUACAUCAUCAAAGGACUGAAAUCUGGUUUGUCAGAGUACAAGUGUGCGUCAUAUAUGAUCAUUGCUCAGCUGUGCAAUAAGUGUUGUUUUGAGGAGCAAUUGACAAAAUCUUUACUUGACAGUGUAUGUAAGGUAUGUGCUUUGUGAACCAGGUUAUAUUGUUGUAAGAGAUACCUCUAUAAAG